UGGUGCGUCCCUCCGUCCCUCCCCCGACCCCCCGCCCGCCCCCUGUCUGUCCUCUCGCAGCCCGGCCGGCGGAGCGGGGAUGGCGGAGCGAGGCCUGGAGCCGUCGCCGGCCGCCGUGGCGGCCUUGCCGGCCGAGGUGCGGGCGCAGCUGGCCGAGCUGGAGCUCGAGCUCUCGGAGGGAGAUAUUACCCAGAAAGGAUAUGAGAAGAAAAGGUCAAAACUUCUUUCUCCUUACAUCCCACAGAUACAAGGGAUUGAUUCCACAGUUCAAAAGGAACACAAAAACCAGACAGCUUCAUCUGCAGCACCAGCCUCAACCUCUUCCAAGUACCACCGAGGUCGAUCUGGGGGAGCUAGAGAUGAGAGAUAUCGAUCAGAUAUUCAUACAGAAGCUGUACAAGCAGCAUUGGCCAAGCAUAAAGAACAGAAAAUGGCUCUACCCAUGCCAACUAAAAGACGAUCCACAUUUGUCCAGUCUCCUGCGGAUGCCUGUACACCUCCAGACACCUCUUCUGCCUCUGAGGAUGAGGGCUCUCUGAGAAGACAAGCGGCUCUCUCUGCUGCCUUGCAGCAGAGUUUACAGAAUGCUGAGUCCUGGAUCAACCGCUCAAUUCAGGGAUCGUCCACUUCUUCAUCCGCAUCUUCCACACUGUCCCAUGGAGAGGUCAAAGGAACCACUGUGUCACUAGCUGAUGUAUUUGCCAGUACUCGAAUAGAGAAUUUCUCUGCCCCCCCUGAUGUCACCACAACUACCUCCUCUUCAUCUUCCUCCUCGUUUCGCCCAGCAAAUAUUGACCUACCCCCCUCGGGGAUAGUUAAAGGCAUGCACAAAGGGUCUAACCGUUCCAGCCUUAUGGAUACAGCCGAUGGUGUCCCUGUCAACAGCAGAGUCUCUACAAAAAUUCAGCAACUUCUGAAUACUCUGAAACGACCCAAAAGACCUCCCUUAAAGGAAUAUUUUGUAGAUGAUUCUGAAGAAAUUGUAGAAGUACCUCAGCCGGACCCAAACCAGCCCAAACCAGAAGGUCGUCAGAUGACUCCUGUGAAGGGAGAGCCAUUAGGAGUCAUCUGUAACUGGCCCCCUGCUUUAGAAUCAGCACUGCAGCGGUGGGGGACUACUCAAGCCAAAUGCCCUUGCCUGACUGCACUUGAUGUUACAGGGAAGCCAGUUUAUACUCUAACAUAUGGAAAAUUAUGGAGCAGAAGCCUCAAGUUGGCCUACACACUGCUUAAUAAACUGGGGACAAAAAAUGAACCAGUAUUAAAACCUGGAGAUAGGGUGGCCCUGGUCUAUCCCAACAAUGACCCUGUCAUGUUCAUGGUGGCUUUUUAUGGAUGUCUCCUAGCAGAAGUGAUCCCUGUACCUAUAGAAGUGCCGCUUACUAGAAAGGAUGCUGGAGGACAGCAGAUUGGCUUCUUGCUGGGAAGUUGUGGUGUUACCUUGGCUCUUACCAGUGAGGUUUGUCUGAAGGGGCUUCCAAAAACUCAGAAUGGAGAAAUUGUACAGUUUAAAGGUUGGCCUCGGCUCAAGUGGGUGGUAACAGAUUCCAAGUACCUUUCCAAGUCACCUAAAGACUGGCAGCCACAUAUCUCACCUGCUGGCAUAGAACCCGCCUACAUAGAGUACAAGACAAGCAAGGAAGGGAGUGUCAUGGGAGUCACAGUGUCCCGGCUUGCUAUGCUGUCUCACUGCCAAGCCCUGUCCCAGGCCUGCAACUAUUCUGAAGGGGAAACCAUAGUCAAUGUAUUAGACAUCAAAAAGGAUGCCGGGCUGUGGCAUGGCAUAUUUGCAAAUGUAAUGAAUAAGAUGCACACAGUUAGUGUUCCCUACUCAGUGAUGAAGACUUGUCCCCUGUCUUGGGUCCAGCGAGUACAUACUCACAAAGCCAAAGUGGCUUUAGUAAAAUGUCGAGAUUUACACUGGGCAAUGAUGGCACAUCGGGACCAAAGAGAUGUGAGUUUGAGUUCUCUGCGCAUGCUGAUCGUGACUGACGGAGCUAAUCCUUGGUCUGUAUCAUCCUGUGAUGCUUUCCUGAGUCUGUUUCAGAGCCAUGGUCUAAAACCUGAAGCCAUCUGUCCUUGUGCCACAUCUCCUGAAGCUAUGACUGUAGCAAUUCGCAGACCUGGAGUUCCAGGGGCCCCUUUGCCAGGACGAGCUAUUCUCUCAAUGAAUGGCUUAAGUUAUGGGGUAAUCCGUGUCAAUACUGAAGAUAAAAAUUCAGCUCUUACAGUACAGGAUGUGGGACAUGUAAUGCCUGGAGGGAUGAUGUGCAUUGUAAAACCAGAUGGCCCCCCUCACCUCUGCAAAACAGACGAAAUUGGAGAAAUCUGUGUCAGCUCCAGAACAGGAGGCAUGAUGUACUUUGGACUUGCUGGUGUGACCAAAAACACAUUUGAGGUGAUUCCAACUAAUGCCACAGGGUCUCCUAUUGGAGAAGUGCCCUUUGUCCGAUCAGGAUUGCUUGGAUUUGUUGGGCCAGGUAGCCUUGUAUUCGUGGUUGGAAAAAUGGAUGGGUUACAGAUAGUUAGUGGCCGAAGACAUAAUGCUGAUGACAUUGUUGCAACUGGAUUGGCAGUUGAAUCAAUAAAGACUGUCUAUAGGGGCAGGAUCGCUGUGUUCUCUGUAUCUGUGUUUUAUGAUGAGCGCAUCGUAGUGGUGGCAGAGCAGCGGCCUGAUGCUUCUGAGGAAGAUAGCUUCCAGUGGAUGAGCCGAGUGCUACAGGCAAUUGACAGUAUUCAUCAAGUGGGAGUAUACUGUCUUGCUCUAGUUCCAGCCAAUACUUUGCCAAAAACUCCACUUGGAGGAAUCCAUAUAUCUCAGACAAAACAGCACUUUCUGGAGGGGUCUCUGCAUCCUUGUAAUAUUCUUAUGUGUCCACAUACGUGUGUCACCAAUUUGCCAAAACCCCGGCAAAAACAACCAGUUGUAGGUCCUGCCUCUGUGAUGGUUGGGAACCUGGUUGCUGGAAAACGAAUUGCACAAGCUGCAGGAAGAGACCUUGGGCAAAUUGAAGAGAAUGAUUUGGUGAGAAAGCACCAGUUUCUGGCAGAGGUAUUACAGUGGAGAGCUCAAGCCACUCCUGACCAUGUACUCUUCCUCCUGCUGAAUGCCAAGGGAACCACUGUAUGUACAGCCAGCUGCCUUCAGCUUCACAAAGCAGAGAGAAUUGCAGGAAUUCUUUAUGAUAAGGGACACCUAAAUGCAGGGGACAACGUAGUGCUUCUUUAUCCACCUGGCAUUGAGUUAAUUGCUGCAUUCUAUGGCUGUCUAUAUGCUGGGUGCAUUCCUGUGACAGUUCGACCUCCUCAUGCUCAGAACCUUACUGCCACCCUACCCACUGUCCGCAUGAUUGUUGAUGUCAGUAAAGCAGCCUGCAUUCUCACAACUCAGACCCUGAUGAGGUUGCUGAAGUCUAGGGAGGCAGCAGCAGCUGUAGAUGUGAAAACAUGGCCAACCAUCAUUGACACAGAUGAUUUGCCCAGGAAGCGGUUACCUCAGCUGUAUAAACCUCCCACCCCGGAGAUGCUGGCAUACCUCGAUUUUAGUGUUUCCACAACUGGCAUGCUUACAGGAGUGAAGAUGUCCCACUCUGCUGUAAAUGCUCUUUGUAGGGCCAUCAAACUCCAGUGUGAGCUAUACUCCUCUCGGCAGAUAGCCAUCUGCCUUGACCCCUACUGUGGACUUGGCUUUGCACUCUGGUGCCUCUGCAGUGUAUAUUCAGGUCACCAGUCUGUUUUAAUUCCUCCCAUGGAGCUAGAAAACAACCUUUUCCUUUGGCUUUCUACUGUAAACCAGUACAAAAUAAGGGACACUUUCUGUUCCUAUUCAGUAAUGGAGCUGUGCACCAAGGGGCUUGGAAACCAAGUGGAAGUCUUAAAAGCAAGAGGCAUAAAUCUGUCCUGUGUCCGGACCUGUGUGGUUGUUGCUGAGGAGCGGCCUCGUGUCAGCCUCCAGCAUUCCUUCUCCAAGCUUUUCAAAGAUAUUGGCCUCUCUCCACGGGCCGUCAGUACAACAUUUGGAUCAAGAGUCAACGUGGCAAUCUGUUUACAGGGAACAUCAGGACCUGAUCCAACAACUGUGUACGUAGAUCUGAAAUCGUUGAGACAUGACAGGGUUCGUCUUGUGGAACGGGGAGCUCCCCAGAGUCUACUUCUUUCAGAAUCUGGAAAGAUCCUGCCUGGGGUCAAAGUGGUCAUUGUUAAUCCAGAAACCAAAGGGCCUGUUGGAGAUUCUCAUCUUGGAGAGGUUUGGGUGAACAGCCCUCACACAGCCAGUGGCUACUACACUAUCUAUGAUAAUGAAACUCUCCAAGCUGACCAUUUCAACACUCGGCUCAGUUUUGGGGAUGCUGCUCAGACACUCUGGGCAAGGACGGGAUACCUUGGGUUUGUUCGCCGAACUGAACUUACAGCUGCCACUGGAGAGCGUCAUGAUGCAUUAUAUGUAGUAGGAGCCCUGGAUGAAACUCUAGAGCUGAGAGGAUUGCGUUACCAUCCAACUGAUAUAGAGACCUCAGUCUCACGGACACACAGGAGCAUUGCUGAAUGUGCUGUGUUCACAUGGACCAACUUGCUCGUGGUGGUUGUGGAACUGUGUGGCUGUGAGCAAGAAGCCCUGGAUCUGGUCCCGUUGGUGACUAACGUGGUCUUGGAAGAACAUUACCUCAUUGUUGGAGUUGUGGUUGUCGUGGACCCGGGUGUCAUCCCAAUCAAUUCCAGAGGAGAGAAGCAGCGGAUGCACCUCCGGGACAGCUUUCUGGCAGAUCAGUUAGAUCCUAUCUAUGUGGCUUAUAACAUGUAAUUGUGCAUUAUGGGCAUGUGGCCAAUUCCUCAGAACCAUGAAAAACAAAGGCCUGAGGCUGGGCCACUAUUGUCAUCUUUAAAAAAAAAAAAGCUAAAAACAAGUACUAAUACUUGCUGUAAAAUGAUUUGAGGUGGAUACGUUAUUUCCUUCAUCUCAUCCUAUGGGAUUCUUCAAUCAUGUGACAAACAGGAAAGGGAAUUUCAUUUGGUAGCAAAUGAAAAAAAGAAAAGUUUAUAGUUUACUUGGGGUGACCUUUAACAUUGACAAUGUAGGCAGCACGUUACUAAAGCCUUUGCUAAAUGGGUGUUACCUUUUUUCAUCUGUUGUACAUACUUGUAUUUUUAUCUAAUGCUGUUUUAGAAUUUUGCGAAGGGAUUUAUUAACAUAAAGGAAAUAGUCCGAGUUCCACAGGUCUCCAUCAUAUACUGUAUUUUGCAAUUAUACUGUAGCUAGUGCUUUGGGGCUUUGUUAACAUGGGGUUAUACAGAAUACUUAUAGUCAUGCCAUAAGCAAAGUGGAUGACUCGUUAAAUCUGAGAAUCAUGUCAUCAUACAUACACACACAUGCACAUGCCUAAAAUUUAAAGGGUUUUGCCUAUAUUUUUAAACUGUAUAUAGUAGUAUGCAUAAUUCAGCGCAAAACAAAAAUGGCUUGUAUAACUACAGCCACCAAAAUAGAAACAUUUAGGAUUGUAAUUUUAAGAGUCUUAACAUUUAAUUGGUUAGAUAACUAAGAAAUGUUAAGUUGUAUACAGGUUUCCAUUGCGCACUGUACUGUGACUUUGCUGGCUGGCAUGUUUUAUAAGAUCAAGCUGCCUGUGUUUGUCUGUAAAGCCCAUUUCCCUUUAGAGUGAACUUAAUUUUUAAACAUUAAUCCUGUUUCUUCUGCAAGUUGACCAAUUGAAAGUCUCACUUUACAAAACAAACUACUCAAAGCACCAAGAAAAAAAUUAAGAUUAUCUUCUCCUAGGGAGAUACCACUCCCUGCUACCCCCAGUUUUGAAUUGUGCUUUUGAAUUUGAUUAAUUGGAUGUCAAGACUUCCUAAUCAGUGAAUUUCUUCUUCCCCAGCCCUAUUUCUCCUUUGUAGUGAAACUUCUAUUUACAAUUUCUCCAUGCAGUUUCUCUUUUAAAACUGGAAAGUUCCUUCUGAUUUUCCACUCCAUGGGAGCCAUUGGGGGAGCAGGGAACGACCUUUUAUCAGGUGGAAACUGUGCACACAUGGUUGGGGGGGAGAAAGUUGAGAAGGGAGUGAGAUAAGUAGCCAAUGCAUUGCAACAGAAAUAAAAAGUUCAAUGUUGGCCAACUCCUUUGAAUGCUAUCAUAGCCAGCCUUAGAAAAAUACUCAUAAGGGAACCCUGUUUUAUGCAAAACACACUGUUUUGGAAUAACUGUGGUACCCAGGCCUAGCAGACUAAAAGACAGAGCCAAAUUUGCCUGUGGCUCAGUUUCCAUUUUUGGUCUGAUCCUUCAUGUAUUCGAACAUAGUUGGAUUCUAUUAUUUUUUUCUUACAGAAAUAUUUUUUAAAAUUAAAAAAAGAACCACCAAACCCUCAAAGUGAAUAAGACUUUAGAAUGGUUCUCUUGGAUCCAUCUAGUCUAUUGUGUAAAUACUUACUUACUCUAUUUUAAUAAUGCAUAUUAUUUACCCCAGUGUAACAUCAUGUAAACUAAGUAUGUUUUUAAACAAUUUUUAAGACUUGUAUUUACCCUGAAAAUAAGGUUUAUAAUGCAGAGACAGACCCUUCCCUAUAGCAGUGCUGUGAAUCGCUGCGUAAACAUAGUCCUAUGACUUGAAGCCACUUUAUUACCACCCUUUUCAUUGUCCUCAUUUCUUUUCUUCUCAUUCUCCAACAAGGGCAGGCCCAAAAACAUUUUCCAGUUGCAGAUAUGUUUUUUAAUAUUUUGAGUAAAUUAAAUUUGUGGUGUGAGAGGCUCUGGCAUGUGUAGGAAAAGCAUACCCAUCAAGGCAAACACAAAACCUCUCUGCAUACAGGUAAAUGGUUUAGUUUUCGGGUACAAUGGCUUGCUAAUGUUUGGUGUGGUUUAAAAGAGAGAUAUAUGUGUAUACACACACACAUAUGUACAUACAUAUAUAUGUAUGUAUGUAUAUAUCAGUGAUUCAUUCUGGACAAAGCAGAGGGCCAUGGCAACUAUUUUAGAAGAACUGCCUUUCUCUGUAGUCUUCCCAAUUCUAAAGAAAAAAAUAUAUACAUAAAAUAGUAUAAAUCAUACCUGCAAAGUUAGAAAGGAGACAUGUAGACUCACCCUUUCGCAAAAGACAUUCCAUUUAUGAGCAGAAGAGUACAGGCAACUUUGAGGGCUGAUUAUUCAGGUUGUGAGUUGAAUAGAUUUUGUAUUUCUUCAGGUCUGUAGCCUCUCUCUAACAAUCCUGCUCCUGCUUUUGUGGCCAUUUCACUGCUUUUGAUCAAUGUCUGCAUUAUUCUGUGACUAUCCCUUCUGGUCAUAGAAUUAGGAAAUCACAUAGCUGGAAGGGACCUGGGAGAUCAUCUGCUCCAACCUCAUGCCCAUUAGAUAAACCCUCUAUACAACAUCUGCAUAGAGGGCUUAUCCAUCCUCUGCCUGAAACCUCCAGCGAUGAGGAACUUACUACCUCAUGAGGCAGCCUGUUCCAUUUUUGUACAGCUCUGAUUUUUAAACGAGUCUUCCAUAGAUUGAUCUGCCUCCCUGUAGCUUCCUGGGGCUUCCUUCCCUUAGGGUAGCUAUACCCUUAGGGCAUAGGAAUCAUAAGCCUUUGUUAAAAGAGGGUUCUUCUGGAGCCAAGCAGAAUAAGUCAGAUCUCUUACAUAUCCCUUCAGAUACUUGAAGACAGCUGUCGUUAGAUUCAGUUCAACUCAUGUUUAUGUUAAUUAAGCACCUACUAUGUACCGACCACUUUAUGUCUCUCUAAAUCUUCUCUUUUUCAGGCUGUGCCCCUAGUUCUUUCAGCCAUUUCUUAGAUGAUUGGAUCUAGAGUCUUACCAUUCAAGUUACCUUCCUUUGGAUCCCUACUAAAAGUUGGUGUAACUGAAAGUUUUCAACAGCAAGACGUACUCCUACUCUUGCAGUAAGGAAAAUAUCCCAUGGUGUCACUUGACUUUGUGAUGGGACUUGCUUAUAAGCUUUUUUAUGUACGGACCUCCUUGGAAGUCUGAUGAAGUCCACGAACCGUUUCUCAGAAUCAUAUUUUUAAAUAUGUAAAAUAAAAAUACAUAGGGCUACAAAGGAAACUAAUUAUAUUGAAAUACAGUUAUCAAAAUACAUUUUUCAAGUUCCUGGACCUCAGGUUAAAAACUCCUGCUCUUAAAGCUAUUAUGGCAAUUUAUUUUCCUCCAGUGGUAUUUGUGUGUAUGCAUACAUACAUGUAUGUGUGCAUACAAUGGAUGCAAAAAUACAUGCACAUAUAUAUAUAUAUUUACCUUUUUGAAGUCAUCUACUGCACAUAGCCUUAGCAGGUCUCUAGGACACACUACCUGUGUUCCUAUGCAAAAGUUGUAUGUGGGAAUGGAGAAGAAAAUGUGUAUUUUCAUCCACUAAAUGAAUGAGUUUUCAUCUCAGUCCAAAGAGAUCCAUUCAUCAAAUUGAGACCCUUAUUGUUAAAACUGCAAAAUAAGGCAAUAAAGGCAGCUUCUUUGGAAGAGUGCCUGGAGAUGAAGAAUACUUACAGGGAGCUAUAUAAGUUUAGUGUUUAUAUCCUUAUGAACAUUAAAACUCUGGAGUUAGUGACUAGCAUGGCAUGAUUGGCAUUAUUUAAUAAUGCUUCUUGCCACACAGUGGGCUAUUUUCUCCCUAGUACAAGUCCUUCCUUCCCUCAGAUCCUUAGAAAAUUGCUUUGCUUCUGGUUAUCAGGGACCAGUAGCCUUCCUACUAGUUACCACUUUAGGAUAGCCCUUGGGAAAAUUUGGCACAGUGCUUGGCUCAAACAAAGAAACCUAAGACCUUAGCAUUUGUGUUAUGGUGUUUGCCCUAGGCAUGGUGCUGGAUCUCUUGGCCAAAUAAACCAUUUCCCUAGGAAUCCAGGAAUCUUUCAUACUAAACCAAGGAGGAGUCAUGCUAACCUCACCUUCUUGCUCUCAAGCUCCAGAAUGAUCUAUGCCUUAGCAUUGUUUUUGUUGUCUGCUGUAAUGUACUGGUGGCAAGAGAAAUUGGAGCGUGAAGCUACAAUACUCUUAAAACAUGAGUCUUUUCCUUUAUCCUUUUUGUGACCUUCCUGAUUUAGUCUAAUGUAGAUGGGCCAUGUUAUUUGUCCAGAGGAUGAGAUUGUAAAGAUAUGAGAAUAAUUUUUUUAGUCCUAAAUGCAGUUUUUGUUUACUUUCUGUCAAAUAUUUACCAGUGUCAAAUUCAAACUAUAAUACUAUGUAAUUAUGUAUAAAGUUUUUUUUAUUUAUUUGAAAUUAGACUAGAUAUACAUUUUUUUAAAUUUAACAUCUGGCUGGACAGUGUUCUAUUAAUUCAUUGAAUGUGUUUCCUUUGUCUUGUGUUAAUAAAUAUUGAUGCCUGUUUG